AUUUCUGCCUUCUCACCUUUCCACUACCGCGUCGUGAGGAAUGGAGCUCCCCCCCGUCUGCCUAAUAAAGAUCUCCUGAACACGCCUGUGCAAAGCGGCGCGGGCCCGCAGUGGGAAGGAGAGAAAUGGGACGCUCGUCGCUCGCUGCCAUCGUCGCCUUCACCGCGUUUUUCCAGCACCUCCAUAUAAAAGGAGCCCGCGAGCUUUGUAAAAAAGAGCGGAAACGCGCGGCGGUACUUGGAAAGCUGUUUCCAUCGGUGUACCAAGGGGAGGGAGGCUCUGCCAUGCUGAAGUGAGAGGCGUAAGAACACCACCGCGGUCUAUCGCAACAGAAAUAAGCUGCGUAGAAACGGCAGAGGACAAUGGUGUCCUUCAAUUCAGGGGAGAAAAAGGAGACAUUUGUAAAGAGGGCAGGGCCGCAAAGUGAAUCGGGCUGCGGCUUCAUUGUGUAAACCUGGAUACAGAGCUGCGAGCUUUGUCCGUUGCCUUGUGUAGCUCGCUUCUUAGUACUUAAAUAGAGCCAAAGUGGGAACUUCAGAGAAGAAAAUGUUUGAUAUCUCUCCCCCCAGCACUGAUUUAAAAGUAAGGAGACUUGUUCAAGUUUUCAGUUGACCAAAGAAAUGGUGAUGGAGAAGCCAAGUCCCCUGCUGGUUGGGCGGGAGUUCGUGAGGCAAUAUUAUACCCUGUUGAAUCAGGCACCAGAUUACUUGCACAGAUUUUAUGGAAAGAAUUCCUCUUACGUCCACGGUGGUUUGGAUUCAAAUGGAAAACCAGCGGAUGCAGUCCAUGGGCAGUCUGAUAUCCACAAGAAGGUGUUGUCACUGAACUUUAAGGAUUGCCAUACAAAGAUCCGUCAUGUGGAUGCUCACGCUACUCUUAAUGAUGGUGUUGUAGUACAGGUCAUGGGCGAGCUCUCUAAUAACACUCAGCCAUUGCGAAGAUUCAUGCAGACUUUUGUCCUUGCUCCUGAGGGAUCUGUUGCAAACAAAUUUUAUGUCCAUAAUGACAUUUUCCGUUAUCAAGAUGAAGUGUUUGGUGACUUAGAUACUGAACCUGCUGAGGAAUCUGAGGAAGAGACAGAAGAACCUGAGGAAAGGCAGCAGACCCCUGAGGCAGUUGCUGAUGAGUCUGCAGCCUACUAUGAGCAGUCUGUCAGCAAUGACUUGGAGGAGCAGUUGGAGGAGCCAGCUGCAGAGGCAGAACAAGAGGCUGAGCCUGAGCCUGAACAGGAGCCAGAGCCGGAGGCCCAGGAAGAAAAACCUGAGCCAGUGCUGGAGGAAACGACUCCUGAGGAAACAGUAGAGAAGAGUCCUUCUCCUGUUCCUGCAGAUCCAGCUCCUGUGGUGCAGGAGGACUCUAGGACAUCUUCAUGGGCAUCUGUAACCAGCAAGAAUCUUCCACCUAGUGGAGCUGUUCCAGUAUCAGGCAUACCUCCUCAUGUUGUCAAAUUACCUGCCUCACAGCCCCGUCCUGAGUCAAAGCCUGAAUCCCAGACUCCACCACAGAGACCUCAGCGGGACCAGAGGGUGCGCGAGCAACGGACAAACAUCCCCCCACAAAGAGGUCCUAGACCAAUGCGGGAAGGAGAGCAGAGUGAUAUGGAAACUAGACGGAUCGUGAGGUACCCAGACAGUCACCAGCUGUUUGUUGGAAAUCUUCCUCAUGAUGUGGAUAAGUCAGAACUAAAGGACUUCUUCCAAAAACUUGGAAAUUCUCUUGCAGGUUAUGGGAAUGUUGUGGAACUACGUAUCAACAGUGGAGGAAAGCUCCCUAACUUUGGAUUUGUGGUGUUUGAUGAUCCUGAACCAGUUCAGAAGAUCCUGGGCAAUAGGCCAAUCAUGUUCAGAGGUGAAGUGCGCUUGAAUGUGGAAGAGAAAAAAACACGAGCAGCCAGGGAGGGUGAUCGCCGAGACAACAGACCCCGUGGGCCUGGUGGCACCCGUGGGGGGCUGGGAGGUGGGAUUCGAGUGCCUUCACGUGGAGGGAUGUCUCAAAAACCAGGAUUCGGCACUGGAAGGGGUAUUGGGCAACGCCAAUGAUUGAUGUGAUGAGACAAACCCUUCUUCCUGCAGAUUUGUGAAUUUCAGCCUUGGGUAUCUUGGAAUGUGGCCCUAGCCUGUUAUAGACUGCUACGUUUGAUACUAUUUUGGCCCAUUUUGUUUGUGUUUGGUUUCGUGAUUUUUUUUCUAGUCCUUGUCCCAGAUUCCAGCUUUGUGGAACAAUAUUUCAGAAAAAAUGGAUUUUAAAAAGAACUUGAACUGAAUCCUUGCUUGCUGCAGACAAAUGGACUGGAUUUUUUUGGUACCAGUGGUUUUUCCUAAUGGAAUGUGUGGCUUUUUUUUUUUUUUUUUGGUUAUUUUUACUGAAAUGGGGAGCGUUUCAGUCAGUGGAAUUAUCCUUUUCAGCUGCAUGUGUUCAGGAGCCUGUAGGAGAACCUAGCACUUGACAACCGUUUCAAGGGCCGGGAAAGCCGCUUAUCACUUGGGGAGGGGUGGGAGUGGGGAGUCACUUGAACUUCCCAGCCCUGAUCUGGAGGUGUUGCCGCUCGAUCAACAUUCACCCUUUUCUCUGUGGCGCUGUAAAAAUGGAAUAAAGGGUAUCCAUAGAAUGUUUUCUUUGGUACAUGAUCACGAAAAGGAAUUCUCACUACUGCUUUACCACUUACAAGGAUUGUGGGAUAGGUUUUAAAUGUCUAGAAUUUGACUCUUUAAAACACUCUUCCUGAACUUGUGAAAUUUUUUUUUAUUGAAAUAGGGAGAUUUUUCAUGUUUAGUUUGUAUUUGUAUUAAACAAAAACAAAAUUGUUGUGCCUUCUAUUUAUCUCUCAUUCCAGUCUUGGCAAAUUGUUAAAAAAAUAAAAAAGUCUAGAUUUGCUUUAUCCAGUUUUGGAGUACGUUUAAAUCUUUCAAGAGAUCUGUUUCUUUCACCCCUCCUCAUCGGUGUACAUGUUUAGAGAGUUGCACGACUUCUUUUUAAUAGACUUAUAGGUAUGUAUUUUUAAAAGAUUUUUUGAAGACGUACAUGGGCCCAGCUUUAUUGACGAAGUCAUUAGCUCUGAAGUGAGUGCCUUCCACACUUAUGUGACAAUGGGAAAUGAAACCAUAAAUCUUGACAGUAUGCAUAUGUUCAGUUUAUGUAGUAUGUUGCUGUGAUGUUAAUAGUCAUCAAUCAUUAGCUUUAAAAUGACAUUCUAAUAUGGGCUAAACUAUAAAAUCCUAAUGCUGAUAAUAUUCAUUUUUCACUGCAAUAUAUUCACAGUAUUGGAUAAGCUAUGGGACCUCUGUCUUUGCUGAAUGUAUAUAAAACAAAAUAAAAUGCAGAACAUUGUAGAUGUUGCAGUGCCUGUAUGGUCUUCUACGCCAUAUAUUGAGUACAUUGCACAGUAUACAAGGCUUCUGGAUGA